AGAACAAAAGGUCGAGGGAGGCUCCAUCGAUCGAUCUUCGUCAAGUCCAUCCGUCGUCUGCCUCUGAAUCGAAGGCCAACAACCCCGUUAGGACUUGGGGGAGUGAGGUCUGAGCUCUGAGGAGGAUCGACUCCGAGAGGCUGCACCCUGCAGGGAGAGCGCAGGGAAGAAAUAUGGAGCGGGGGGUGAACGCGACGACGAGCCUGUGCCUGGAGAACCUGCUCAUCAUGCAGGAGAACGAGCGGCUGCGGAGGAAGGCGCAGCAGCUGGACCAGGAGAACAAGGCCCUCCUCGCCGAGCUCAAGAGCAAAGCGCAGGGCGCCGCUUCCGCCACCGCCACCGCCACCGCCGGCGCCGGCGCCUCUGCUGGUGCUUCUGCCGCCACCGCCACCCGCCCUCACCCCAACAAGGUGUCCGGCAAGCAGCCCAACAAGUGAUCGUGUGACCGCCAUCGAUGGAGGCCUCAUGCCCUCAUCACGCACGCUGCACUUGACUUUUGUAAUUACUACGACUCCUGGCAGAGCUGGCUAGUUAUGUAUUUAGUUUCUGGACCAGGCAUGCAUAUUGUUAGCUACUGCUACCACCACUACUAUUAGAACUGUACAUGCGAUGAUGAUGAUCUCGUGGCAAAUGCGGUCACCACCGGCCAGUUGCUAUUUCAUCCAGUCUUUAUUUUAGGCCUACUAAUCUACGAGAAUUAAUGCAAUCAAGGAUGAUUUUGAUUAAAAAGAAAUCCAGUGAUCUGUACGGC